AUGGGGGCCCUCGUACGACAGCUGUAUGUGGGCAUGAGACACGAAGUCCGCCUCGCAACCCUGAGACGGCAUUGCUGCCACGCUCAGGACAUCAUCAGAGAUAAGGUCAACAAGCAGGCCGGGAGACGGGAUGCUGAUCUUCAUAAGGCUGCCUUGACCAUGUACUCGGGACCCCCACCAGCGGGGGGUCGGGCAGCAGCCCUUGACUCGCUGCCAAAGCAGCUGUGGGCUGAAAACAAAUAUGACGUCGGACUGACAAGGGGGUGUGAGCCUGUCGUCAUCACACCCAAAUCUUCUUUCCGGCCCUGUCAGAAGCAGUAUCCGCUGAAACAGGAGGCCGUGGCAGGCAUAACUCCUGUGUUUCAUUCGUUGCUAAAAGCAGGGGUGAUUGUGCCCUGCCCCUCCUCACCAGUGCGCACUCCGCUGUUUCCUGUGAAAAAAAUUAGGGGCCCUGGUGAACCAGUGGAGUGGCGAUUUGUUCAGGAUCUACAAGCUGUGAAUAGGGCGGUGGUCCCCAGGUCUCCCACCGUUCCUAACCCGCACACCAUUUUAUCUCAGAUACCGUCCACAGCUACGUUUUUUUCUGUGAUUGACCUGUCAAAUGCAUUUUUCUCUGUUCCAGUUCACCCGGAUUCACAGUACUGGUUUGCAUUUGAAUUCGAGGGGAAACCGUACACCUUCACACGGCUGUGUCAAGGUUAUUGUGAGUCUCCCACCAUCUAUAAUGCGGCACUGCGUGAUUCUCUCUCCUCCCUUGUGCUGUCCCCAGGUUCGGUCCUUCUGCAGUAUGUGGAUGAUCUCCUGGUCUGUGCGCCUACGGAGGAGCAGUGUCAAACUGACACACUUGCAUUGUUGCGUCAUCUUUGUGAGCAGGGUCACAAGACUCUGUUUCAGAUCAGGCAGACCGUGAAGGAGGCUCUUCCGCGCCCGGCUGAAGGCCCUCUACACCGACUGAACCCAGGGGACUGGAUCCUGGUGAAGGACUUCCGCAGGAAGCACUGGAAAGCCAGACGGUGGCUCGGUCCGUUCCAAGUCCUGCUGGUGACUCACACUGCCGUGAAGGUAGCAGAGCGAGCUACCUGGAUCCACGCGAGUCACUGUAAGCUCCUUACGGUGCCACCGCCGGCUCCGACAGCUGAUCUCCCAGCCACAGGGCAGAAUAAUCCCUGAGAUCAGCUCCCGUGUGAGGUAGUCCACCCUCCACGAGGCAACGAUGGAGAUGUUCCUGGUCCUGAUGAUGCUGCUGCCAGCGCUAGCAGUGAUGGCUCCUCCGCUCCACCGUGGGCACGUGGUGGAGGACCUCGCCGGGCCCCAGGACAACCUGUGGUGGAGAGCUGCCCGCGCGGUAGCUCGGGGACUGCAUAAUUCUAGUUGUAUUGUGUGUGCUUUUAUGCCUCAUGCUACCCCUGCUAACACUCUGCUGAUCCCACAUCCCGUCUCCCUCUCCGAUUCUCUAUACACCUUUAUCCGCUACCGCAAAAAUCAAACCCUGCUUACACUGCGAUACCCGAACGCAACUGUUCCCCCGUUGACCCCUUUCCGAGAGCCCAUGCAUUUUUCUAAUAUUACUAAUUUCACGUGUGCACACACAGGUACUAUUUACGAGCUCAGGGGCCUACAUUCUCCUUUUGGCCCACCUCCCUUGUGCGUGCGGCAACCUGCUCGGACCCGUUCCCAUUUGGGUGACACUGUUGGCUGUGCGCUCACUCUCAAUGUGUCCUGUUCUGUGGAUCAUCAGCCAUGUCCUAAUGCUACCUCUCCCCAUGCGUCGACCUGGUGGAGUGGUUCACCGCUCUGGUCUGUGAUCUACUUGAACUACUCUGUUUUUACUAACAUGUCUUCGUUGUUUCUCCAGUGGGAUGCUAAAACUGUUCUGAAAGGGGACAUCGUAUCCUUCCCCAGCAGGGCGGGCUAUGGGUGUCCCACGGACAUGGUGUGGGUUUGUGGCCAUAGAUCCUACAUUUAUCUGCCGAGAGACUGGUCUGGUACCUGCUAUUUGGCCCAUUUGAUUCCUGCUGUGACUGUGCAUUCCUCUGCUGCUGAUAUCCCAGGUGUCCGUCGUCUCCGGAAGCGGGCUGUUGCAGUUCCGGAGGACAAGAGACGCAUAGGGUGGGGGCAGGCGUUCUGGGGGGGGGUUUUCCCUUGGCAUGGCACCGUUCGUAACCAGCAUGAGAUUAACUCGCUUGCAUGGGAGUUGGAGAACCUCACCGGUCUCGUCACUGACGGUUUUGAUCUCCUCACAGAUGAGCAGAAGGCCGAGCGUGUCAUGGGCCUGCAGAACAGGGUGGCCCUAGACCUCCUUCUCGCUG